AGACGGCGGGCGGCGGUUGCCCGACAGCGGCGGAGCCCCGGCCCAGAGCGCGCGCCCCCCGGACCCGGGCCCCAGAAGGCCACCUUGUGACCAAGAGGACAAGCAUCAACAGUGAAUUACCAAAAUUUUGGGAAAAGAACCGAUGGUGAAAUUUCUGCAGCCAUGGCCACCCCAGACGUGAAACCAAAAUCAAUAAGUCGUGCCAAGAAGUGGUCAGACGAGAUAGAGAAUCUGUACAGAUUUCAGCAAGCAGGGUAUCGAGAUGAAAUAGAAUACAAACAAGUGAAACAAGUUGCCAUGGUAGAUCGUUGGCCAGAGACAGGGUAUGUGAAGAAACUUCAGAGGAGAGACAAUACUUUCUACUAUUACAACAAACAGAGGGAAUGCGAAGACAAAGAAGUCCAGAAAGUGAAAGUUUAUGCUUACUAGUACUUCCUCCUUGAAUUAUAUGCUAUUUGUAAAAAAAUGUGAUUUCGUGUUAAAACUGUGCAUGUUUGUGAAAGUAAAUCUGAUCUUAACUUGUAGUGAGUCUGAUAAGCCC